AUGAGAAACAACCAAUCAGAAUAUGGUGACCGAUGUCGUGGUACAGGAUUCGAUACACCCGUCGUCCUUGCAUCAAGUGGUGAAGAUUUAACUUCUGCCAAAAGUAGUGACAAGAAAAACGAAGCCAAUGCCUUGUCGUCGCAAAGGACAAAACAUGAACGAAGUUUAAAGAACACAUUCGGUUGGGCUCGAGUCGACGUAAUAGUUACCACAAUGGUGUGCGUCUUUCUGGCGUCUUUGUGUUUUUCUUUGCUGGUAGAAGCUGUGCAGACUUUGAUUCAUAUCGACCAUCAGGAUCCAAUGCAUCAUCCAAUACCAGUGCUGUGCGUAGGAGGAGCUGGACUGGUUGUUAAUGGGUUGUGCUAUCUGCUAAUUGGAGGUUACACCUUCCACCAAGGCAGCUACCUCCAAAUGACGCCAACCGGCGAUGUGGUACUAGACAGAGCAAUCUCCGGCGACAGACGUGAAGUCGAAGCCAUCGUUUCGAAAAGCGGAAAAUUUAAAGACGUCUUCUUGCCAAGGAGACAAGGUGGCCGGGAAAUCGCCAGAGACGUCAUGAGUUCUGUUUUUGUCAUCAUCUGUUCCCUGUUUGUAUACUGGACUGACCCAGAUGUGGCCAAGUAUGUGGAUCCGGUGAUUUCUAUUAUUUCUUGCCUGUGUUUGCUCUGGCUAAGUUAUCCUUACAUGAAGGAAUCUAGCCUAAUUCUGCUCCAGACAAUACCAGCGAGUAUAGACAUUGACACGUUAAAGGCGAAUUUGUUAGAAGCCUUUCCAGAUAUUGUCAACGUGCACGAAUUGCACAUUUGGCAGCUGACAGCCAACAAAAUAGUCUCCACAGCCCAUAUCGUCUUCCAAAAUCCAGAGGAUUAUGGUAGGAUAACAAACGAAAUAGCAGACUUUUUCACAGAGCAGGGCAUAACACAGGCGACGAUACAACCCGAGUUCAGCACCUCGCAAAAAGUUGCAUCAGGAUCGGAGAAUGGACAAGAACCAAUAGAUGCCUGCCUGAUGCGUUGUCCAGGAUCUGAGAGGUGUAGGGCGAACAAUUGCUGCGGAACCAGCCAACACGACAGCCAUAGGGGUUCAAGGGCCGAUAUUACUGGUCCUUAUAAACGAGGGUCUUCCAGUUUGGUAUCAAUCAAGGUAGACGACAAGCAAGACCACGACAAACACAAAGAAGUACAAAUAAACGUCCUGAAUCUAAAACAAAAAUACGAUUUACAACAUCCCGAUCACAUAUUCCAACAAAUAUCAAAAAGUACCGAAAAUAUCAUAACAUCGACAGGAGCAAAAUCAGGAGCAACGUCGAAAAACAAACUGCCAUCCGACGAGGAGAAAUUAAUAUCGAACCAGUAUUCGAAAUCGAUGAUAGACGUGCACAGCUUCAGGGCGGACGUGAAAAAUAUUUUGAAAAAAAACGACAUGGGGAAAAGAUCUGCCGAAAGUGACAUCAAUGACACGACAGAUGUCACGGGUCACGUGACAGAUGUCAAAAGAGACGCGACAGAUGUCACGGGUCACGUGACAGAUGUUAAAGGUCACGCGGUAAAUGUCACAGAUCACGUGACAGGUGUCAAAAGUGACGCGGCGAAUGUCACAGGUCACGUGACAGACGUCACAGGUCACGCGACAUAUGUCACAGGUCACGCGGGAAAUGUCACGGGUCACGUGACAGAUGUCAAAAGCCACGUGACAGAUGUCAAAAGUGACGCGACAGAUGUCACAGGUCACGUGAUAGAUGUCAAAAGUGACGUGAUAGAUGUCAAAAGUGACGCGACAGAUGUCACAGGUCACGUGACAGAUUUCAAAAGUGAUGCGACGGAUGUCAAGGGUCACGUGACACAAGUCAAAAGUGACAAAGAACAGGAAAUGCAACGAUCAUAGUAUUUAGAAAAUAUUUUUAGAUUUAUCUGUAUGCUUAUAUAGUUUAUUUUAAAUAAUA